AUCAAAAUCUUAAAUAUUUUGCAAAUCAUAUGUUGGGAUAUUGUCGUGAAAUUGUUGUUCACAUGGUUAUUACAUAGAGAUGCGGUUAUAACUGUAUUUAAAAAAGCGAAAUGUAAAAAUGUAUUUGUUCCAGAAAAAGAUCAUAUUACUUAUAGUCUGCUUUUUGUUGAAUAACUAUGGUUUUGCAGUCAAACAAAGAACAAAGCGAAAUUUGCUUGCGAUGAGCGACAUGAUAUCUUUUACCACGGGGCGAUAUGGCUUGGAUUUUAAUAAAUAUGGCCAUUUCUGUGGCAAAGGUGGCAAAGGUCAAAUAAUGGACAGCAUUGAUUGGUGCUGCAACCUUCAUGACAACUGUUAUGGAAGAUUACAGAAUUAUGGAUGUCGUCAUGUACUAAUGAGUAAAUAUGACUGGAGACUUGUAAAUUUUCAGAUUGUGUGUCCUUUUGUAACCACACUGAAGGCAAACACCAUAACUAAGAAACUAAAAUCAAGAUCUACUCAUGGAAAACCUGAAGUGAACAAGGACUUCUGUUUUCAAGCAACUUGUGAAUGCGACAAAAAUUUAGCGUACUGUCUUGGACGUUAUAACAUUUAUUAUAAUGAGGAACUUCAAUCAAAAUCUAAGUUCCUGCGAUUCAUUCAUAAAGCAGCACACUUUCUGUCUAAUGAUAGAAUUUAAUCAUUUGAAAAAACAGUACUGUGUUUAACUCUGCUACAUUAUGUUAGAAAGAUUAUAUCAA